AUGCCCACCCUCAAAAAGGCCUUCGACUUUGUCGAACCCAACUUCUCCCUCCUCCUCAAAACCCACAAACCAGACCUCCUCAUCUAUGAUUUUCUUCAUCCUUGGGCUCUAGUGGUCCCUGCUGAGUAUGGUAUUCCGGCAGUGGACUUCGUCACUAGCAGCGCCACCAUGACCGCCUUCAUGCACCACCUCUAUAAAGACCUACUUAUCACUUUUCCUUUUUCAUCAAUUUAUCUUCGUGAUUAUGAGAAGGUAGAAGUAUCCCAUUUGCUCAAUCCUUUGAAAAACCUCGACAAGGACAAGACUCGCUGUUUUGAGUGCCUUGAUCGAUCAUCGGAGAUUGUUUUGAUCAAAAAUUUUAAAGAAGGUGGAGACUGUGUCGACGAAAACGACGAGAGCGAGAUUAUUGGAUGGCUGAACAAGAAGGAGCGACGGUCCACGGUGUUUGUUUGUUUUGGCACUGAGUAUUUUCUAUCAAACGAUGAGAUUGAAGACAUAGCUUAUGGGUUGGAGCUUUCUGGUGUUAAUUUGUUAUGGGUUGUGAGGUUUGCAAUGGGAGCAAAUACAAGUGUUGAGAAGGCAAUGCCUAGAGGGUUCAUUAAGAGGGUAGGAGAGAGAGUCAUGGUGGUGGAAGGCUGGGCUUUUCAAGUGAAGAUUUUGCUGCACCCAAGCAUUGGUGGUUUUGUGAUAUCAUUCAUAUUGGCAACUGGGGUUGGCCCAGAUUUCGGUGUUACUAAGGAUCUGAAGAGAAUUAUGGAUAUUUUGAAUAAGCUUUCAGGCAAUGAUCUCGGAUCAAAGUUAGAUUACUUCUUUAACAAGACCUAUGUCUUAGCUGGUUUUCUUUUCAUUGGAUUCCGAACCUCUGGCAUUUCUUCUAUCACAUCAUUGCUCGCUCUUUCUAAGAAAGAAUAA